AAAAUCACAUUACCAUUUCUGAUGUACUCAAAUUCUCAUUUCUAUAAACCCCCAUAUCACUACUAUCCUUACACCCAUUUUUAAUACCCUACAAUGUACAAUCCCAUUUACUUCCCAUAUCCUAACUAAAUCCAACAAUUUAGACCAACUGUGUUCCAUUAAGCACCAUAACCUGUUUAACAAUAAACCUAUAUCACCAUUUCAGAUGACGAAGAGAGCAUGCCCAAAAAGGAAGUGCAACAACAAUCUUCUUCACAACCAAUUCAGAGUUUGUAAACUCAAAAACAGAUAGUGAGAAUGUUGGAUCUAGAUUAUCUCGAAUCUUAAGGGAAGCUUUACGAUUGUGAAAGUUCAUCCCUGCCUCCAUUACCAAAACGAAUUAUUUAAAAACCCCACAAACCCAUAUACAGGCAAUAGAAGAAAAGAAAGCAAAAAAGUAAGCGAUAGCCUGCAAAAAAAGCAUUUCGAUACAUUAAACAAGUUUAAAUUAGUAAAACCAGAUAAUAACUUGAUUUUCCAUAAUCCAGUGUCAAAGUAAGAUUAAUUAAAGUUUAUGAGAAGAAUGAGGAUUAAUGUAAGUACCACUUAUCAUUAAUUUAGUUUUGAAACUCUAUGAAGUGUUAAAACUAAAUUUUCCUCAAGCUAAUGACGAAGAUGUUGCUGUUAUCCUCAAUAUCUGUGGUAAGAACUAUUCAAAAGCUGAAUUGUUGAUACAAGAAAGCGGGUGUUUCAUUUCAUAAAUGUAAUAUUAAUCUCCUAAGUCUAGCAUACAAGGAUCAACAAAUUCAUGA